CGCCGCGCCUCCUCCUCGCGCCCCCCCCCCCCAACCUCCGCCGCAAACACCCGCGCUGGCUGCGCCCACGAAUCCAUGUGACUUGCAUCCACUCCUCCACGGCUCCACCUCCGCGUUCAUUCCUAGGGGCUAGGGUUCCUCCUCUGCCGCCGCAUCGCGGGGAACUCUGCGGCUGCGUGCGGAAUUUGGUAGGCUAGUCUCCCGCCAGGAGGUCAAAUUCCAGUCAGCGUCGCUUGCUUUUGUAGCCGACCGGUCGAUUUCAAUCCGGGGGUGGCUGGGUGACAGGGUAGGCUCGAUUUAGCGUCCUUUUCGUGGGAAUUUUUGGGUCUUAGGCGCGGAUUACUGGUGUCUAGGGAUCUGCUAGCUGCUUGGGUUAGGCGGCGCGCGGAGGCUUAGGUGCUUGGCUGACUAGUGUCAAUGGCGGGAUCUGUUGGCAAGGGCAGGGCGGCGCUGCGGUCGUCCCCGAAGCGGUACAGCGGCACGGACCCGCCGUUGUCUCUGGCAGGGCCGACGUUGGCGGAUCUGCAGAGGACGGCAGAGCUAGAGAAGUUCUUGGUUGAGGCGGGCCUCUAUGAGGGGAAGGAGGAGUCUGCCAAGCGGGAAGAUGUGCUAUGCGAGAUUGGUCAGAUAGUCAAGGAAUGGGUGAAGCAGUUGACUAGUAAGAAAGGAUAUGCUGAUCAAUUGGUUGAACAAGCAAAUGCAGUCCUUUUUACUUUUGGGUCUUACAGAUUGGGGGUUCAUGGACCUGAAGCUGAUAUUGAUACCCUUUGUGUUGGACCUUCAUAUGUGAACCGAGAGGAGGAUUUCUUUGUCACGUUGCAUGGCAUAUUAGCAGAGAAGGAAGAAGUUACUGAGUUGCAACCUGUACCUGAUGCUCAUGUACCUGUAUUGAAAUUUAAGUUCCGUGGGAUAUCAAUUGACCUUCUGUAUGCUAGCCUCUCUCUUUCAGUGAUACCAGCGGAUUUUGAUAUCUCUCAAGGAUCUGUGCUUUGUGAUGUUGAUGAAGCAACUGUUCGAAGUCUUAAUGGAUGCAGAGUGGCGGAUCAGAUUCUUCGGCUUGUUCCAAAUGUUGAGAAUUUCCGGACAACACUCAGAUGCUUGAAGUACUGGGCAAAGAGAAGGGGUGUUUAUUCUAAUAUUACUGGUUUCCUUGGGGGUGUCAACUGGGCUCUGCUGGUUGCCCGUGUCUGCCAACUCUACCCUAAUGCUGUGCCAAGUAUGCUGGUUUCUAGGUUCUUCAGAGUUUUUACCCAGUGGCAAUGGCCAAAUCCAGUGAUGCUAUGUGCAAUUGAGAAUAAUGAUCUUGGUUUUUCUAUAUGGGAUCCGCGCAAAAAUCCGCGUGAUAGAAACCAUCUCAUGCCCAUCAUCACUCCAGCCUACCCAUGCAUGAACUCUAGUUACAAUGUUUCAAGCAGCACACUGAGGGUUAUAAUGGAGCAAUUUCAAUUUGGCAACAAAAUUUGUCAGGAAAUUGAACUUAAUAAGGCCAAUUGGAAUGCUUUAUUUGAGCCUUUCCAUUUUUUUGAGGCAUACAGAAAGUUUCUAGUGGUUGACAUAGUUGCAGAGAAUGAUGAUGAUCUUCGUCUUUGGAAGGGAUGGAUCGAGUCUCGUUUGAGACAACUUACUUUAAAGAUUGAUCGGGAUACUAAAGGAAUUUUGCAGUGCCAUCCGUACCCAUGUGAGUAUUCAGAUCCCACAAUAGAGUGUGCACAUUGUGCCUUCUACAUGGGCUUAUCAAGGAAAGAGGGGUCGAAAAAACGUGGACAACAGUUUGAUAUCCGUGGGACAGUAGAUGAAUUUAUGCGUGAAAUUGGCAUGUAUUCAUUGUGGAUGCCUGGGAUGGAUCUGGCUGUCACCCAUGUCCAAAGGGAGCAGGUCCCAUCUUAUGUAUUUGAGCAAGGAUACAAGAAACCCUGCCCUACAAUGCAUGCAAACCAACAAGAGCAGUCUGAUGGAGAUGUCACAUUGAGCCCAUAUCUGGACAGUCAGCUUAAGAGAAAGUAUGAUUCUGAUGGAGAUGGCCAUGUGGAACUUCACAAAUCUGUAAAAUGGGCUUCAGUAAGCCCACCUGGUGUGGGAACCCCACCUCAUGGAAAUAGUGUCAGUAACGUCGUUUGUGACAGCCCAGUCAAAUUCGUUUCAAGUGUCGUUUGCAGCAGAGCUCAGACUUCUCCAUCACAUGAUGAUAUAAACUUAGAACAAGCACAAUUAACUACUUCACCAUAUGGAUCUGAGGAUACCUCAGCAUCAGGCACAAGCUUUGCAGCAGUGGGAGCAGUUGUUUUGGCUGAUGAAUCCAGCAAGCUCGGUAACUUGACAUCAGAUCUUGAACUUAAUACAAUUCAGAGAAUGCCACUGCACACAUCUUCAGAAUGCGUGGCUCAGAAGGAUGAAACAAAGUUUGAGGAAAUCAGAAGCUUGGCAAGCAGCAAUUGUGCAGAGUUUGUAGAGAGCUCAGUUCUUGCCAUUGCCGAGAAGGUACACUUAGACAUAGGUGGGGAUGAAGUGAAUUGAAACGUCGUUGCAGUUGAGGUUUUGCUUCCUAUACUUUCUCCCUGUCAAAUUAAGAUUCUAGUUUGAUAUGAUCUGAACUCUUUGCCUGUCUUGCUAUUUGUCAUUGAUUUACUGUCCUGAUCCACAAAGUGGAUACAUCAUGUGAUUCAAAGUGGUCUCAAAAGGUGAUGCAGGUGUGAAGUUGCAUAGCACUUGAGAGGCCAGAAAUCGGAGUCGAGGCAUGUCUGGUCUUAAAUCAUAUGCCAUCAACUGCUUGCUGCUGGAUGGAAAUCUUGUUUCAUGCCUGUGGGAGCUCGUGAAGAUAAGGAUGGUGCAAGUAUUACAGCCAAAGUAUCGGAACUGUUGUGAAGGAUAAAGAUGAGAUUCAACAUCUGAGAACCAUCAUACGCCACAAGGAACCAAAGCUCCUAGCUUAGGCAUGGUUAGAGUAGAGAGUCGUGCUAGUCCUAUAGGUUAAGAAUUUGUAGGGUCUCACAGUAUGCAGGAAAAAAAAGUUAGAGUCCUAUAGGUUAAGAAUUUAUAGGCUAAUAUGGUCUAGUUAUUGUCAAUGGGUUAAUGCACAAAUCAUGUGUGUUUUGUAUUCCAGAUAGGCAGAUAUCUAUAAAUUCAAAGUAGUGCAUCAAAUUUUGUCCUAUGUAUCAUGCUGUGAUGUUUGAUGGAGUUCUUCACAAAUAAAAUUUCAUUGUGCUGCGCA